AUGAUCGCCGUGACUACCGUUCUAGUUACCGGUGCUAACAAGGGCCUGGGUCGUGGCUUCGUACAGAAGUACCGCUCAAGACCAGACACCGUCGUUGUGGCCGCGGUUCGCAACCCAGAAAGCGAAGAAUCUAAGGCACUCCUUAACCUCAACAACGCCCAAGGCAGCAAACUUAUCCUUGUAAAGAUCGAGAGCGCCUCCGCAACCGAUGCCCUUAAAGCCGUCGAGAGCAUCAAGAAGCAAGGCGUGUCGCACCUCGACAUUGUCAUCGCCAAUGCCGGCAUCUUCAAGUCCGCGGCAUUCCUCGAGGUUUCCAAGAUGAAAUCUUCAGACCUGCUCGAACACGUUGACAUCAAUGUCAAUGGACCAGUCCGUCUUUUCCAGGCGACACUGCCUUUGCUCCACGCCAGCAGACAGCCCAAAUUCAUCGCCAUCUCGUCUGGAGUUGGAACCAUCGGUGGUGCUGAGUAUAUACCCUGGGCUGUGACUUCGUACGGCGCUUCAAAGGCCGCUCUCAACUUUCUUCUUCGUCGCAUCCAUAUCGAGAACAAGGAUCUCAUUGCCAUUGCGUUUCAUCCUGGGUGA